CACCCACAACCUCCAGCUGACAUGGGGGACCUGGAGGCCACCGCAAAUGACUUGCUGGGGAGGCUGAAGAGCAAACAGCUGUUCCAGUCCAGCUGGGACACAGCAGCCUUCGUCAUCUUCUUCACCUUCAUUGGUAUGGUGCUGCUGCUGCUACUGCUGGUUUUAAUUCACUGCUGCUGCUGUUGCUGCUGCCACAGUCCCCGGUAUUCUCGAGCCAAGCAGAAGAACCGCCAAGGUGUAGACAACUUGGCGAUGGAGCCUUAG